GUGAGACUUAGUUUCAAAAAAAGAAAAAAAAAAAAAGAAAGAAAUGUAAGUCAAGAUUAAAGACAAUGGGUGAGAUCAGCAAGGAGCAAGUGUGGAGAGAAAAGAACACCAAGAAAGGCUGCGUGUGGUGGGAGGUGGCCAGUAAGCAGCGAAAGAGGAAGCGGACCCAAGGAGAUAGAGCGUUGUUUGAAUGGUGAUGCUGUAUCAACAGAAAUGAAAUUCCCAGAGGUGUGAAACACAGCAGAUCCUUUACAGCACGAUGAUAGGACACAGCAUGAGCCCACCUCUGCCAGGUAAGAGGAGCUUUCUGCAGCCUGUGGCGGGCUCGAGGAUGCCAACCAUUCAUCCACCCCAUUGGGAUAGCCCAGGCUCUGAGCUCAGCACUCCCCCCAUCACUAUGAUUGCACUAAUCCUCACCUACCCUUGCAGGCAAGUAUUACUGUGGGCACAGAGAAGUUUGGUAACUUGCCAGCUCCUGUGUAGGAAGCCAGGUCAGGAUCCAGCCAGAGUCUCUCUAACAGCCCAGGCCUUGAAUGAACACUGGCCUGCUUCAGAAUACAUGGCCCGCGCUGUGUUCAAAUUCCCAGGACAGGUUCCCUAUAAGGCCCAUGAGGAAAUCUGGUCUAAGAGAAUCCAGAAAGACAAAUUUCGCGAAACAGGUCAAGCCUGACACUGUGCUGCUAUGCUUCAGUUGUGUUAAGCCACUCAGUUAUCAGACCUGCUUCUCCUUUCAUGAUUUUAGUAACACCAGCCUCUUCCUUGGGCCCCUGUUGCUCCCACCAUCUCCCAGGGUCUUGCACUCAGGUUUAGUCUUCCCUCUCCACUACUGAUGAUGCAUGUAUUGCCUUACUCUCUGAUCCCCUUUCCUAAAUCUGCUACUCCUCUGCUCUUUCUGUGCCUUAUCUAUCCCUGCUGAGUCUAACAUGCAGAUUUUGGUCAUUCCAAAGUCAUGUAUAGAUCUAAUCACAGGGCUCUCUGCUUAUCAGCUGCUACUUGGAUAAGGAAAGCAUGCCAACACGGUCCUCCUUCUUCCUGAUGGCCAAGUCAGCAUCAUUAUUACCUAAGUUUAUUUCUAACACAUCUCAACAGCUUCAUGUACUCCCUCUUGAUAAAAGUAACUGAGCAUAACACCAUCAAUACCAUCAAAUCUGUCAUUCUCUUCCCUUCUCUCUGGGUGGGACAGGAAGCCAUGAUGCUCUAGGAAAUCUUUCCAAACAAGCAAAGGGGACUUCCCUGUCCCCUCCCAUGUGUGACCUGAGCUUGUGUGGAUCCCAGGGUGGGCAUUCUGGACUACUUGACCUUGCCCAUCUCUCCUUCACACCCUCUCAUCUCUCCCUACUACCACCAAAAAGCUUGCAUUGUAUCUCCAAUUUCCAGACAUACUUUUGAAACCAUUUAUCUAUCUGGUAUGUUUAUCUGUAUCUAGUAUGACAUGAAUAUGUGAUUUUUAUGUGUGUCUAUCACGGUUUUGGUCAGUUUGUAUUUCUCGUGGGUACAGUUCUAUGUGUUCAUGUAUGUGGAACAUAUGUAUCCUGACACAUGGACCUAGUUCCAAAUGAUCUGAAAGGAAUAUAAUUGUAAUUGAAUAUUUGCACAGAUAUCCAACAUGCACUUGUGAUGGCUGGGGGAAAUGCAUGUGGGAUUUCAGUCAGCAUUUUAUUACAGAAGGUAUGUGAUUAGUGCUGUAUUAAUAAUGAAUCAGCUUAUUUGUGGGUCACUGUCAGUGACUCCUUUGCAAAUCACAUAUGUAAAUAUUUCUGUCUAUGGUCUGACGUACAUGCAGUGCCACAGUCUGGGAGGUGCUGAGCCAUGCCCUCUGUAGGUAGCAUAUGAAAAGAACUGCAUGAUUUAAAAGAUGCUGACCUGCUUAAGGAAAGCAAUUUAAAAACUUUCUAAAAAUCUAGUUUGAAUGAACAAGUACAAUGUUUGCAGUUUUCAUUGUGUGUGUGUGUUUUCUUUUAGAGAUGGGGUCUUGCUGUGUUGGCCAGGUUGGUCUCUAACUCCUGGGAUCAAGCAAUCCUCCUGCGGCUCAGCCUCCCAAAGUGCUGGGAUUACAAGUGUGAGCCACCGUGCCUGCUGGCCCCACUGUUUUAAACCCUGAUUCAACAGUCAUACAUUUAACUCAUUACCUGUCUUCUUCCCCUUAUGACAAACUCAAAGCUUUUAUUUUACUAAAGUAUUUGGAUUAAUCUUGUGCUUUUCUAUCAUGUUCUGAAAUAGGUACAAUAACAGAAUCGCUCAAAAUAUUAUCUCCGUUAAAUGUUUUGUGGCUUUAGGGAGAGGUCUAACAUGCGGGGAACAAGAAACCAAGUGCAUACAGGAUUCAUUCAUAAUCUCUCUCCCUGAGUAGAAGCCCGCAUCUCUCGAUAUUGUCUGGUUACCUGCAGGAAGUAUUCUGAAGUUCAAAGAGGACAUUCACGUGCACUCUGGCUUUCAGUUGGCCAUUUGAGUAAGUGAUCGCAAUUAACUGAAGAGCGGCAGGGAAACACUUCCUGGAAUUCUCAUCUACAGACAAGUACAAACUGGGGCGGGGCCCAUUACCUUCACCUACGCGCUGGGCCGGGUUCGGGCCGUGACGCCGAGAGGUGCGGGGCGCGCGGCUAGGAGCCUAGCGCCCCCGCCCGGGCCGGCGCCCAUUCCGCCCGCAUCCAGCCAGCAUCCCGCCGGGGAAGCGAGCCCAAUCCAGCGCUGCCCGUCCAGUCUUCGCCCAAGAUUUAAAGCCCGCAAGUUUUGUUCUUGAGACCAGCGACUUUCGCUCCGAUGCGGGAAGGAAAGCCGACCUCAGAUUUGGACAUUUAAAGAGCUGGGCUUGGACUUGGUGAGUUUCGCUCUAAACUGCCCUUGAAAUGAAGCUGGACUUGGAGGUAAAGUCACUGGGAAGCUGGCCUGGGGCGGGGUUUCCCCCCCCCUCUCGUAUUUUAGAAACGGAUCGCGGCAGUGCAGCCUUAUUUUGCUGUAAGUUUCCUUCCUUUGUUACUGAGGCCCCCAGAGCUCCAGGCAUAAGUGGUGUGACCAGAAACCUUUUAACAAGACCCGCUUGAGAGCCUGCCUUAGAGCUCCCGCUCAGAAACGAAAAGACCACCCUAAUCCGCUGCGCGGCAGAACCAGUGUCCUGUGUGGGAGGAACCGCGGCGUGCCCUGGGCUCAGGACCCGCGAGGCCAACACAGUCCGCCUCUUGGCGGAGUGCCCCGGGCCGGUGGUUCCGCGCGGAGUUAGUUUGUGGUCGGUUACGUGGUGAAAACGCUGCUGUGCCGCGGACGCAUCUUUCCGCGGGCCGAGGCUUCUCUGGGUGGGAAUGUUGACUUCCCUUCCGGAUCGCUAAAUGGGGAAAGUUCUGGCCGCUCAGCGGGAUACGUCUCCAGGACCCGGAUGGUUCGUUCUCCGUGCCGCGGCCCCGAGCUGGGCUCCCUGGGUCUCCCGCGCGGGCUCCCGGCACUGGGGCUGCGGGCCGCCCCCUCCGCCCCGCCCCCGCCCGGCGCGCCUUCUCGGCCGAGCGGUUCGCGGUCUCCGGCGCGGGAGGCUCCGAGUCUGCCCACUCCGGACCGAGCGAGGUCUCCGCGGGGGAAGAGUGGCUAGGAGGUGAGGACACGCUGGUCCUCGCCCGGCGCGUGGCGCGAGGACUUCAGGUGGCAUGGAAUGUUCACAUGGGAGAGCCACAUGAGGCUGCCCACCACGCUUCCUGAAGGAUGCCCGGGUGGAAGAAUUUUGACGUGCCAGUGUCCUCGUUCUACAGGGUGUUCCAUUCUUUCACAAUCUCAGAAAAAUGGGAUUAAAAGAAACUAUUUUGUGAAAUAAGAAAACUGUUUUCCAUUUUUAAUGACCAACAUGUAUUAAGAUGGACACCUACUCUACGAAAUACGAAGUUCUAUGGUCCCGAAGAAGCCAGUGCCUGUUUAAAACUGAUCCUAAAUAAAAACAGACUUGAGUGGAUAUGAGAAUGUUGAUUAGUGGCAGAAGAGUCAAAAAAUGGCAGUUUAUUCAGUUAUUUGCAACUUGUUUUAUAGGGAGCCUCAUGUUUUUUUGGGAACCGAUCGAUAAUCACAUUGUGAGCCAUAUGAAGUCAUAUUCUUACAGAUACCUCAUAAAUAGCUAUGACUUUGUGAACGAUACCCUGUCUCUUAAGCACACCUCAGCGGGGCCUCGCUACCAGUACUUGAUUAACCACAAGGAAAAGUGUCAAGCUCAAGACGUCCUCCUUUUACUGUUUGUAAAAACCGCUCCUGAAAACUACGAUCGACGUUCCGCAAUUAGAAAGACGUGGGGCAAUGAGAAUUACGUUCGGUCUCAGCUGAAUGCCAACAUCAAAACUCUGUUUGCCUUAGGAACUCCUAGUCCACUGGAGGGAGAAGAACUACAGAGAAAACUGGUUUGGGAAGAUCAAAUGUACAAUGAUGUAAUUCAGCAAGACUUUGUUGAUUCUUUCUACAAUCUUACUCUGAAAUUACUUAUGCAGUUCAGUUGGGCAAAUACCUAUUGUCCACAUGCCAAAUUUCUUAUGACUGCUGAUGAUGACAUAUUUAUUCACAUGCCAAAUCUGAUUGAAUACCUUCAAAGUUUAGAACAAAUUGGUGUUCAAGACUUUUGGAUUGGUCGUGUCCAUCGUGGUGCCCCUCCCAUUAGACAUAAAAGCAGCAAAUACUACGUGUCCUAUGAAAUGUACCAGUGGCCAGCUUACCCUGACUAUACAGCUGGAGCUGCCUAUGUAAUCUCCGGUGAUGUAGCUGCCAAAGUCUAUGAGGCGUCACAGACACUUAAUUCUAGUCUUUACAUAGAUGAUGUGUUCAUGGGCCUCUGUGCCAAUAAAAUAGGGAUAGUACCACAGUACCAUGUGUUUUUUUCUGGAGAGGGUAAAACUCCUUAUCAUCCCUGCAUCUACGAAAAAAUGAUGACAUCUCAUGGACAUUUACAAGAUCUCCAGGACCUUUGGAAGAAUGCUACAGAUCCUAAAGUAAAAACCAUUUCAAAAGGUUUUUUUGGUCAAAUAUACUGCAGAUUAAUGAAGAUAAUUCUCCUUUGUAAAAUUAGCUAUGUGGACACAUAUCCUUGUAGGGCUGCGUUUAUCUAAUAGUACUUGAAUGUUGUAUGUUUUCACUGUCAGUGAGUGAAACCUGGAUGAAAAAAAACCUUUAAAUGUUUGUCUAUACCCUAAGUAAAAUGAGCAUGAAAGACAAAUAUUUUGAAAGCCUAGUCCAUCAGAAUGUUUCUUUGAUUCUAGAAGCUGUUUAAUAUCACUUAUCUAUUUCAUUGCCUAAAUUCAUUUCAAAGAAUUCGUAUUUAGAAAAGGUUUAUAUUAUUAGUGAAAACAAAACUAAAGGGAAGUUCAAGUUCUCAUGUAAUGCCACAUAUAUACUUGAGGCGUAGAGACGUUAUUAAGAAGUCUUGAUGUUAGAGUAAUUGCUUUUGGAAAAUACCAAAUGAACGUAUAGUACAACAUUUCAAGGAAAUGAAUAUAUUGUUAGACCAGGUAAACAAGUUUAUUUUUGUUAAACAGCACUUGGUGGAGGUGGUAGGGGCAGGGAAAGGUCAGCAUAGGAGAGAAAGUACAUGAAUCUGGUAAAAGAAAGUCUCUUGUUCUUACGAGGAGAUGUAGAAAAAUGUGUACAACGUUAUUAUAAACAGACAAAUCACUUCUUACCACAUCCAUGUAGCUAUUGGUGAUAGAGUCAUUAAAAUACCUUUUUUUUUUUUUGGUAUCUUUUUUCAAAGUUUAAUGAGAACUUUGAGAAAAGUGAGUAAUGCUGCCCUAAUACUUUGUAUGUUUUUAAUGGAUUUUUUUUAAGUAUUAGAAAAUGACACAUAACAUGGGCAGUUGGUUGCUCAUAGGGUCCUUCUGUAGGGAGAAACCAUUGUUAAUUCAAAUAAGCUGAUUUUAAUGAAGUUUUCAACUGGUUUUUAAAUAUUCAAUAUUGGUCUGUGUUUAAGGUUGUUAUUUGAAUGUAGUUUACAUAGAGGAAUAUAAUAAUGGAGAGACUUCAAAUGGAAAGAGAGAACAUUACAAGCCUAAUUUAUCCAUAAUUUUAUAAAAUGAAAUCUUAGUGUCUAAAUCAUUGUACUGAUUACUAAAAUUAACCCACUCCUCCCCAACAAGGUCUUAUAAACCACAGCACUUUGUUCCAAGUUCAGAGUUUUAAAUUGAGAGCAUUAAACAUCAAAGUUAUAAUAUCUAAAACAAUUUAUUUUUCAUCAAAUAGCUGUCAGAGGUGAUCUUUAUUUUCUAAAUAAUUCAAACUUGAAAACAGUAAAAAAGUGAUGGAAAAGUUGCCAGUUUGGGGUUUAAACCAUUUUUAAAGCUGCAUGUUCCUUGUAAUCAGAGAGAUGUGUCUGAGAUCUAAUAAAGUAAGUUACAUUUAUUUUACAAGCAGGAUAAAAAUGUGGCUAUAAUACACUACCUCCCUUCACUACAGAAAUAAUUAGGUGGUGUCUGCUGCUAGGGAGAUUAUAUGAAGGCCAAAAUAAUGACUCCAGCAACAGUGGCUGAACUCACUCUAAGACCUUUGACAGCAGAGGCACCUCUUAGGGAAAAUAAGAUGUCUGAUAAAAUAAGGUAACGUCUAAAAUCAUGCAAAACAAAACUAAAAAAGAUUUAUCAGUAUACACAACUGGAUGAUGAUACUUAACAAUUUUUAGCAGGUAGCUUUUUAAUGUUUACAGAAAUUUUAAUUUUUUUCUAUUUUGAAAUUUGAGGCUUGUUUACAUUGCUUAGAUAAUUUAGUAUUUUUAACUAAUGUCAAAACUACAAUGUCAAACAUUCUAGGUUGUAGUUACUUUCAGAGUAGAUGCAGGGUUUUAGAACAUCACAGUUUAAGUUUUCUGACCAAUUUUAAAAAACGUAGAGAACAAAAGCAUAUUUGACCAAGCAACAGGCUUAUAAUUAAUUUUUGUUAGUUGAUUCUUUAAUGAUAUAUUGCCUUUUGGCCAUAUAUACCCUGUGUAUCUAUACUUGGAAGUGUUUAAAGUUGCCAUUGGUUGAAAACAUCAGUGUCUCUGGCCAUCAAAGUGAUCUUGUUUACAGCAGUGCUUUUGUGAAACUAUUAUUUAUUUGCUGAAAGAACUCUUCUGAACCGUGUCCUUUUUAUUUUUGCUUAGAAUAGAAUGGAGCAGGUUUAAAUUUCAAGGAAAUAUGAAGGCACUUCCUCUUUUUUCUAAGAAGGAAGUUGCUAGAUGAUUCCCUCAUCACACUUAAAGUACUGAGAAGAGUAUUUGUAAAUAAAAGGGUUCCAACCUUUUAAAAAAGAAGGAAAAAACUUUUUGGUGCUCCAAAUGCAGGGCUAUCUUUUUUAAAAAUGUCAACAAAGGGAAAAUAAACUAUCAGCUUGGAUGGUCACUUGAAGAUGGUUAUACACAGUGUUAUUGUUAAAAUUUUUUUACCUUUUGGUUGGUUUGCAUCUUUUUUCCAUAUUGUUAAUUUUAUACCAAAAUGUUAAAUAUUUGUAUUAUUUGAAUUUUGCUCUUGUAUGACAAAAUAAUUAGUGGGUUAAAAAAAAAAAUCUAUGAUUUCCAAUAAACAACUGAAAAAU